AUGACUUAUGUAUGGAGCAAACGAUACAUCAUGGUCAGUGCAUUUGCACUACGGAUGUUUUGUCUGAUUUCAGCAACAAAUACGAUGCCUGAUGAUGGUCUCUGUUCCCAAAUUUAUCAAAUGCAUGAAUAUUGUACAAGGCAGGUUCGUGGCAUCUCACCUUCAAUUUCUCGACCAGACCAUGUUCUUGCAAGACGAGUUGGUAAAGCAGGACCACGUGGACCACCAGGUGUUGUUAACUAUACAAAAAUAGAGGAGGAAAUGCAAAAGAAAUUCGAAUUCCAAACGUUAGUUACAACAGCUAUGAAUGAACAUUGGACAAAACGACACUUUAACAAAGUUUAUAAUUGUUAUGUUGAUCUUUUAGAAAUGGAGAUUAGUUUUGUAACCAAGAUGGCCAACAUUGAACAAAAAAUGUUAAACAAUACAUCUGAGAUAGAAAGAAAAUUUACAGAAUUGAUUCGAAUUGCUGAAGUUACUAAAAAUGAUUCGAAAAUAUUGAAUGAAACCGGUGGUGUUUUCGAUAUCUAUCCAACUUACUCAAAGCUUGAAGUUUUCUGUGAUCUUGAAACUGACGGUGGCGGUUGGAUGGUCUUUCAACGACGAACGAGCGGCUCGACGGACUUCUAUAACACUUGGAAUGAAUAUGUAAAUGGAUUUGGGAACAAAGAUGAUGAAUAUUGGCUUGGCCUGGAGAAUUUCUAUCAUCUGACGCGUGAUAAUGACUACGAACUUCGUAUUGAUUUGGAAGAUUGGGAUGGAAACAAGAAAUAUGCAAAAUAUUCACAUUUUAAAAUAGGAGGACGGAACUCGAAAUAUACACUCUCUGUUGGAGGAUAUACUGGAGACGCGGGAGAUUCUCUUAGUGGUCAUAACGGCCAAAGAUUUACGACUAAGGAUCAAGACAACGAUUCAUAUUCUGGGAAUUGUGCUGUAUCUUUUAAAGGGGCAUGGUGGUACUUUAAAUGCCAUUCAAGCAGUUUGAAUGGUUAUUAUUUCAAAGGCGGAGUUCACAAAUCUUACGCAGAUGGUGUUGAAUGGUCUUCCUGGAAGGGAGCAUAUCAUUCUCUCAAAGUUACGGAGAUGAAAAUACGACCGAUUUAACAUUCUGAAAAAAAAUAGUCGGGCAGCUUUGAUUGCUCAUAGACAAUCUCAUUUACAUUUUCUGUCGUUUACAUAUUUACAUUUAAGUUUAAUCAUAAUUUUGGUAACCAAUUUUCCGAAAUUAGCAGCAUUUGGUCUUUUGUAUGGUGCCAACUCUGCUUCUCGGGAUUAGGUGCAGUUAUACUUUUUAUUAUGAGACACCAGUUUGUCACACUUUCAUAAA